AGAUUCAUCAAUAUCAUCAUCGGUUGACGUGCUUACACACGAUGGGGUGACAAACCUUUUCGCUGGCUGAUUACUAGACGGGGAUGCGCCAGGUCUACCGUCCCUUAUUUAUUUGUAUUUAUUAGUCAAAGUUAGCUCUUAACUUUGGAAUGUCAAUGUUUGUAAACUACACCAGUCAGAAAGGUCAAAGUCCAUGAGAGGUCCGACACCUGCCGUAAUGGUGACGUAACCAUGGUAAACAUGACGUCAUCGCAAUGGUAAACACUGGACCUAGUGUGAACUGAAAGAACAAUAAGGAACAAAACACAACUGUACCAGAGCAACAGCCUUUAGAUGGCUCUCACAUCAGAGUGGAAGGGCCCACCAGAGUCCUGGACUUCUUUGAACUUUCAGGUUGGAGAUUUGAUUGAAAUCCAAGAGAACGACCACACCAGCUGGGCUCUCUACCUUGGACAUGCACAGGUCGUCUACGCCGGGCCUUCACCUGAUCAACACUCAACCAAUCAGGAUACAGCAUCUUCAGCCAAUCAGAACACAACACAUGCACCUGGAGGUGACAGUGAAGCGACCAAUCAGAGCACUGCAGCAGGAACCAAUGAGAAGGACAGUAACAUCCAAUACCAAGUGAAGAAAGGUUUACUGAAGGCUGUGAUUGGCCAGCACACAGUGAGGAUAAACAACAUGUAUGACAGCACCAGAAAGGCAUUCCCAGUGCAAACUAUAGUAGAGAGAGCUGAGCUCCAUAUUGGCGAGACUGUUAGGGAUAAGAAGGAUGCCAUUGUGAACCUUAGGUACGAGAGACAAAUGAGAGUUUGGCAUCUGUAGCAAAUCUUGAAAAUUGUUCGAAAUAGAAUGAGAAAUAAAGAGUGCAGUAUCAUAAAAAUCAAUUAAGAGGUCCAUAAUGAAAGUCGUCCUUUGCUGACACCAAAGGACAUACCAAAUAUCAUAUGGAUCCAUCCAAAUAUGAGUUAUACAAAAGGCAUGUACUGUCCACAAAUACAUACAGGCGCAAAGGUAACCUGCAAAUAUAACUUUCUUGGCAAGGGUAAGAAAUGAGGCAUUAGUAUAAUGUGUAUGUUCAAGUGCUUUUAUUUCAUAGCCUAAAACGCCAGUGUCACUUUAUCUACAGUUAAUGAUUUUCACCUCAAAUAUGACAACAACCCUUUUUACAAUGUUCAUGCUUUAUCUGAUAUUUGUGUGGUUGUUCUUUCAAUUCCAUUUCAGGAAUGCUUGAUCAACAUCAUCGCAGUAACAUAUAACGUUACACCAACAUUACAUCUUGUCAUUUCAAAAA